AUGAUCGCGAAGUGCGCCCCGGGAUUACAAGGGGGUGAAGUCGAAGACGUUGGGGGUGAAGUCGACGGAAGGGAGGAUGGAGAAGAGGUCCAAGCUUUGGGUGUGUGUGUGUGUGUGGCUUGUAAGACUGCGGCUGAAGUGGAUAGCUAUGAUGGCGACGGGGUGGGAACGGGCGAUGAUGAUGAUGGUGGUGAUAAGGCUGGUGGUGAUGUGGAGACGUGGAGAAGUGCUGCGGCAACGGGCGACGACGUUGCGUUACCUGCUUCGGGCUUGGCUGCGACAGGUACAGACUUCAUCAUGCUCGUUUACUAUAACAACGGAGUCCGGCCUCUUAACACCGACACGGCGCUAUUGAUAUUACGCAAGUCACAUUACAAACAGCUCUGCAGCUCUGCAGCUCCGAUCAUGUACAGUUUAGACGCAGAGGCACUCACUGAAGAACAAGUUUCCGAGUUCAAGGAAGCCUUCUCCCUCUUCGACAAAGAUGGAGAUGGCCAAAUCACCACCAAGGAGCUCGGAACCGUCAUGCGCAGCUUAGGCCAGAACCCAUCCGAGAGCGAGCUCCAAGACAUGAUCAAUGAGGUCGACGCCGACAACAACGGCACCAUCGAUUUCCCUGAGUUCCUUACCAUGAUGGCCCGUAAGAUGAAGGAUACCGAUAGCGAGGAGGAGAUCCGAGAGGCCUUCAAAGUCUUCGACCGCGAUAACAACGGUUACAUCUCCGCCGCCGAAUUAAGACAUGUCAUGACCAGCAUUGGUGAAAAGCUCACGGACGCCGAGGUCGACGAGAUGAUCCGGGAAGCCGACCAAGACGGUGAUGGAAGGAUCGACUACAACGAGUUCGUCCAGCUCAUGAUGCAGAAAUAG